AUGUCUUGGUCCAUCGUGGCUGGGCAGCAGCUGAACGCGCUCGGCGAGCCGGCGCUGGCCUCGCUCGGCCUGGGAGGCUGGACGCCGCCCGGCCUCUUCCAGCAGUUCUUCGAGAUGCUGCAUGUCAGCGCCGGCCUGCCGUGGUGGGGCGCCAUCGCCGUCGGCACGGUGGUCAUCCGCUUGUGCGUGUUCCCGCUGGUGGUGCGCUCUCAGAAGAACGCCGUCACCAUGAACAACAACCUGCCGCGCAUGCAGGCGCUGCAGGUGCGCAUGACCGAGGCACGUCAGAUGGGCAACGAGAUCGAAGCGUCGCGCUGGACCAAUGAACUGAUAAAGUUCAUGAAGGAGAAGGACAUCAACCCGCUGAAGAGCCUGUUGGUGCCCAUGGCGCAGAUUCCCAUCUUCGUGUCAGUGUUCUUCGGCUUGCGCAAGAUGGCGAACCUGCCGCUGAUGUCGAUGAAGGACGGCGGCAUGCUGUGGUUCACGGACCUGACCGUGCCGGACCCGUACUACCUGCUGCCGGCCGUGACCGCGCUCACCCUCCUGGCCACGAUAGAGAUCGGCGCGGACGGCGCCAGGCUGCCGACCUCACCGAACGCCCACCUUGUCAAGUACUUCCUGCGCGCCAUGCCGUUCGUCGUCUUCCCGCUGACGAUCAACUUCCCGGCAGCUAUCCUGUGCUAUUGGGUGUGCUCCAAUUUCGUGGCGUUGGGACAAGUGAUCUUCCUGAAGAUUCCCGUUGUGCGGACGUACUUCAACAUCCCAGCCAAGAUCGUGCACGACCAGAGCAAGCUGCCGAUACAGAAGAAGCCCUUUGUGCAGGGCGUGAAAGAAAGCUGGAGCAACAUGAAGAUCAGCAAGAGCCUGGAGGAUCGGCAACGUUACGACGAGAUGCGGUUCAAGAAGGCCGGCCUCGGCGCCGUCACAAAGACUUACAAGUACGACCCGACGCGGCAGACGGCCGACGGCCGGCCGCCCGGCAAGGGGCGGCCCCCGUCCGCCUAGUCCCCCGUUCUGUCUAGUCGCCGCGCGUUCUAGUCGCGGCCAGCGGCCCCAUUGUGACGUCACGCGCAGGGGGACGACGCCCGGCCGGCGGCGAACGCUUCCGCGCGCGAGGCCGGCCGGCGC